UGCCAAACGAACCACAUAAAUUUUUACAAAUCUACUUUAUGGGCGGCGAGGACUCCGGAAGCGCACUAGCCAAUCGGGUGGAUGCACGUUGUGGCUACAAUAACCUUGAUUCAUUCUUUGCUAGAUGCAUCGUCAGCGAGCUGGAUGCUCUAUUGAAUGAGCAUAAUGAAUUGUUGAAAAUAUUCAAAUCCCACAUGCACAAAUUAGAAAGCGAUAAUCACGCUAUUGUUAUUAAUCCUGAUAAAACACCAGCUGGAGAACACAUUCGUAGAUUCAAUGCACCUGUUACUGACGACGUUGCUGGAAUCAUGGUUGGCGAUCGUACAGGUGCACGAGAAAUUGUGAUUCGUAGGAGAAAUAAUAAUCUUCAGUUCAUUGCUGAUACACACCGUUCAUAUGACGCUCUCCAAUAUCUGCUAAUCUUCUGGAAGGGACAAGACGGAUAUAGCAUAAAUAUUAAACAACGAGAUCCCGUAUCAGGAGCCGAAACAAACAAAAACGUUAGCUCGAAGGAUUAUUAUGCGUAUAGAUUGAUGAUUAGACGCGGGCUGGAUAACGUCAUUCUACGAUUUCGAGAGCUUUGUCAACAAUUCAUGGUCGACAUGUACGCGAAGAUAGUAGGCGAAUGACUACGAUACUUACGAUAUAAUC